AGCCGUACUUUGUCGAUGUCUAUUAGAUCUAAUAAUAUCCUCGAGAUAAAUAUUUUUUCGUAAAUGUUACACUUUUCCCCAAAAAUGCUUUAGCUUGGUAGGUUUUGUUCGUUAUAGCUAUGUGUUCGUCUAAGAUCAGCUACAGAACCAUUUUAACAAUACGCUUGUUUAGUUGGCUAGCUAGCUUGUGGCUAGCAUUAGCCAGCUAACGUUAGCUAGUUAAACUAGCGAGAUUUUAAAAUACUUGACAGUUUAUUGUGGGACCAUUUCGCUUAUAAUAGUUGUUUGAAUCAUUCUAACAACGGUUUGAUAGCCAUGUCUGGAAAGUCAUCGGGCUGUGGAUUUCUUAUGUCGGUUGUUGUUCACGGAGACUCGGCUCUGAACGAGCAGGAAAAUGAGCUCAACCACCGACUGAAGCGGCUCUAUCCAGCCGUAAACGAACUUGAAAACCCGCUUCCUCAUUCCUGGAGUCCGAAGGACAAAUUCAGUUACAUUGGCCUCUCUCAGAACAACCUUCGAGUGCACUAUAAAGGUAACUAGCUAGCUAUAUGACACGUGGAUCAAAUGAAGCUUGAAUGCUAGCAAAGUGCAAGCUGAUGACGCUUAUCUAGCUAACUAGUCACAUAAUUUCUAAACAUAGAUUACUGUAGCUAAUUUACUGUCUGUGUUAGUGGCUAGCUAACGUUAGCAGUUAAUCUUAGAAGUUGUCUACCUCUCAAAACGGCUUGACUACAGUAGCUGGCUAAAAACAAAGCAAUGUUGGCUAGCUAAAUUUGCUAACUAAUGUUCAACAACAAGACAUAUUGCAAAGCAGCUGGCUAACGUUACGUUAAGUCCCCAGCCAAAACAAGAUAUACCCCGUUUAGCUAGCUAACUAGCACAACUAACGUUAGCUGGCUGGUAUGUCAAAACUAGCAAAAGUUGAUAAUUCGAUUUUUUUUUACACCCUUGUUAAACUAAUGUUAGCAAUCUAACUAGCUGGUUUCUUUUUUUUUUUUGCUGUAGAAUCCACAAGUUCCGGAAAUAAACAUGUCACAACAGCUGGGGCUUAUUCAUUACGUCGAUUCUGUUGUAAAACGUUUCUUAAAAGGAAGCAAACGGAACGAAACUGAGGGACCCACCUGAAUUUGUCCAAUAGAAACUCUCAUUUUAGUUACAAAACGGAACUAACUGUUUGGCUAAUGAUUACACCCCUGGUUAGGCUAGUUUUAUUGGCAGGGCUCACUGUUAGCGAUCUUUUUUAUCAAAGGGCCCAGGAUUGACUAAUUAAGCUACUAGUUAGCUAAAUUUGCACAUAGCUAUAUCAGCACGCUAGUUUUGAUGUCAAGCUGACAAAACACAAACAAAAAGUGACACAAAGAAGCCCUUACACUGUAGGCAUAGACAUAGGCCUAGAUAUGCCUCUUCAGCAUUGGCCAUUUUAUUUAGGAUGUGCAAUCCGCCCACAUUUGGCUCUGUGUAAACUACAAUUGUGACUGUGUUUUUAAUGUUUAGAAACAUCAAUAAUCAUGCCCCUUAACUUUCAUGUCAGCGAGAAAGAAGCUUUAAAAUAAAUUAAAAAAUAGCAGUUUUGUACAGAUCCAUACACUGUGUGUGCCUCCAGUUGAUGAACUACACUUCCUCCCCAGAUAGCUUACACAGGUGUCCGGCACACACUAGAUAGCUAAUUGGCACAGGUGCCGGCCUAUGUCUUCCGUAAACAAGCGCUGUAAAAUGGAGAUAUGGCCUUUUGGGAACACUAACCCUAUAAAGGUGUGUAGUAAUUUAACUUUUUAAACAGUUGAGUUUGAUAUAAUUUAAAAGCUUACGAACAGGGCUGCACGAUAUCGUUUCAGCAUCGACAUUUCGAUGUAUGCAGCCCCGCAAUAGUCACAUCGCAGAACGUGCGAUUUAGUAAGGUAAACAUAUCAGUCUACAAUAUAUAUAUUUUUAAAAUGUUAAACUAGCAUUAUAUCUGUCUGAUAUAACGUAAUUUACUCCGAUUUAUGGGUUGUUGGAUACACAGUUUAUUAUUGUUAUUAUAAUUAUUAUUUUAAACACGGAGUUCGUUACUGCAUGUGGUUGACAUGCAGGCUCUGCUUGCGCGUGACGAAAUGAUGAGCGAGGAACAGGCAAAAAAGACCGAAAUUGAGAAUUUGGUUGCAAAAAGAAAUGCAUCGUCAAUUAUAUGGAAAUAUUUCGGCUACAGAGGAUGAUGUUGACCAAAAACAGUUACUUUGUCGAGAGUGCCAUGCAAUUGUUGCCGCAACACGACCAAUUUGUUCGAUCAUUUAAGGCGGCACCACAAAUCUUCGUAUGACGAGUGCAAAACAUCUCAAUGCCCUCCAAAGCAAAAAUCUAUUUCGGAUGCCUUUGCCAGUAUUACACCAUACGAGAAAGGUUCCAAACGGCAGAGAGAAAUCACAGAUUCAAUAACAUUUCACGUCACCAAAGACAUGGUACCAAUUAACACGGUUACCAAAGAGGGUUUUAAAAACAUGAUCCGGUCGCUUGACAAGCGGUAUGUAAUGCCAUCACGCAACUAUUUUUCUCAAGUUGCCAUCCCAGAGUUGUACGAGAAAUGCAAGGCACAAGUUGAAACAGAGCUGUCACAAGUGGAAUAUUAUACAGCAACAACGGACUUGUGGUCCAGCCGGACAACGGAGCCCUACAUAAGUCUGACCGUACACUUUAUUAAUGAGUUCCACCUGAAAAGUCGCUGUUUGCAAACUGCAUUUUUCCCAGAGGAUCAUACAUACAUCCUGUAUUUUUUCAUAUCGCAAUAUAUAUAUAGCAGAAAAACAAAAUAUCGCAAUGUCAGUUAUUUCCAAUAUCGUGCAACCCUAAUUGUAAUAAUUUCAGAAAAUAAAACAUUUUUAAUAAACUCAGAUUUUAUUUAAUUUUUUGCAUAUGUUGUAGUUUAGACCCUAGUUUACAUAAUCUGAGGUGUGGUGUAUGUGUUGUGCCCACCAUUGGUUGAGAUGUCAUACUCUUGAAUACAGAGUGGGUGUCAUUUCAAUCAUAAAAAUAGAAUGGACCUAUCCCUUCAGACCACUGCAAUUUAGCUGGUACAGCAUACGCCAUGGAAGUGACGCAGCAAGUAGCCAUGUAGUUCCAUUAUAAAAUUCCCCUAAAUGUGAAUUUUAAACUCAUAUAAUGCAACAAUUUCUUUUUCAAAAUGCAACAUAAAAAUGACAUUUCCCUGCCGGGAAAAAAAAAAAGUGCCUUGUUAUGUACAGGUCAUGGUUCACCCUUGGGUGGGAAAUCAUGGUGCCGGGGAUAGGCUUGUUUCUGUUCACCUGCCAUUUGUAUGUUUCAGUGUCUCUGUCUCUGCCACAUGAAACUGAAAUAGGCAAUGACUGUUAAUUCUGAAUUCCAAUUAUACACCCCAUCCCCCUAGGCGCACUAGUAGAUCUGAAAUGGUCUGAUAAUAUGAUAGUUAUUGUAAUUGUUGCUUCACGUUGCCCUCUAAAUGGCCAGGUAUAAUUUUAGACAUAUUACUACUUACGCCUCUCCAAUCAUUUUAGAUCUACAGCAGUGCCUACUGGGUAAGAGCAAGGGGUUGAAUUGGAUUAAGGGCUGUCUUGUUUCACUCAUUCCCUUCCUCUUCCCUCCACCCACAGGUCAUGGAAAGACUCCUAAAGAUGCAGCGUCCGUACGAGCCACUCAUCCCAUCCCAGCCGCCUGCGGGGUUUACUACUUUGAGGUGAAAAUCAUCAGUAAAGGCCGAGAUGGGUAAGGUGGACUCAUAGAAUUGGGCACCACACACACCCCUCCAAUUGGGCACUACCCACCCAAAGCCUGUUGACUUCACUAAUCAUAGAAUCCAGUUGACCUCAAUUGACUUCAAACCAUCUCAUCAGUUCCCUGUAAUGGUUCAUGGUUCAGAGAUGAGUUCUUCCUGACUUAUUCAGGCAUUAAGGAUUUACCCCCCUCAAACUAAUAGGCCUAUACAUAUUUUCCUAACCUGAAUUUGUCCAAUAAGAAAAACUUGAUUUCAUUUGCAACCGAAAACAUUUUGCUAUGGUGUGCACAAAUGAAUACACCCCUGAUUUCCAUUGUUGUGCUGAUCAUAUCUCUGGACAGUUAGGAAUUGACCUUUGCAUGAGGAUGUCUGUCACGUUGGGAUGAUUCAUGAAAUUCCCUUGAGACGAUUUAGAUAUCUGCAGCCAGAAGAACCAAGAUAUUUAUGAAACCGUUAACAUGAACACACGCACACAUACACACACAUCAAUGGCUCAUGAGCCAUCGCAAUUUUGACUAUGCUCUCUUUGUCUGUUUAUCAGGUACAUGGGUAUCGGCCUCUCGGCUCAAGGUGUCAACAUGAACAGACUCCCUGGUAAGAAGACACUGUUGAAAGCUAUGCGCUUGCGUGUGUCAUUGUUGACUCUGCCUCUGUCUUCGCGAGUGUCGGGAAGACCAUUUGGUUUGUGAAUUGUCACUGUCUACAGUGUCUGUGAUGGCACAUUGUGUGAAUUUGUGUGUGUGUAUUGUCUGAAAGACGUGCUGGUGAUGAACAAGCUUGUGUGUCUGUGGAUUGUCUAUUCUCUAUGCAGAUGUAUUUUCUGAAACACAUAUGCCUGUGUGUGAGUUUAUAAUAUGUGGGUGUGCCUAGGGCUGUGACGUCAUGACAUUUUGUCAGCAGGUUAUUGUCAUGCAUUCUUCUUGAGCCACUCCUUUGUUGCCUUGGCCGUGUGUUUUGGGUCAUUGUCAUGCUGGAAUACCCAUCCAUGACCCAUUUUCAAUGCCCUGGCUGAGGGAAGGAGGUUCUCACCCAAGAUUUGACGGUAGAUGGCCUUGUCCAUCGUCCCUUUGAUGCGGUGAAGUUGUCCUGUCCCCUUAGCAGAAAAACACCCCCAAAGCAUAAUGUUUCCACCUCCAUGUUUGACGGUGGGGAUGGUGUUCUUGGGGUCAUAGGCAGCAUUCCUCCUCCUCCAAACACGGCGAGUUGAGUUGAUGCCAAAGAGCUCAAUUUUAGUCUCAUCAGACCACAACACUUUCACCCAGUUCUCCUCUGAAUCAUUCAGAUGUUCAUUGGCAAACUUCAGACGGGCCUGUAUAUGUGCUUUCUUGAGCAGGGGGACAUUGCGGGCACUGCAUGAUUUCAGUCCUUCACGGCGUAGUGUGUUACUAACUGUUUUCUUGGUGACUAUGGUCCCAGCUGCCUUGAGAUCAUUGACAAGAUCCUCCCGUGUAGUUCUGGGCUGAUUCCUCACCGUUCUCAUGAUCAUUGCAAGUCCACGAGGUGAGAUCUUGCAUGGAGCCCCAGGCCGAGGGAGAUUGACAGUUCUUUUGUGUUUCUUCCAUUUGAGAAUAAUCGCACCAACUGUUGUCACCUUCUCACCAAGCUGCUUGGCGAUGGUCUUGUAGCCCAUUCCAGCCUUGUGUAGGUCUACAAUCUUGUCCCUGACAUCCUUGGAGAUCUUUUUGGUCUUGGCCAUUGUGGAGAGUUUGGAAUCUGAUUGAUUGCUUCUGUGGACAGGUGUCUUUUAUACAGGUAACAAACUGAGAUUAGGAGCACUCCCUUUAAGAGUGUGCUCCUAAUCUCAGUUCGUUACCUGUAUAAAAGACACCUGGGAGCCAGAAAUCUUUCUGAUUGAGAGGGGGUCAAAUACUUAUUUCCCUCAUUUAAAUGCAAAUCAAUUCAUAACAUUUUUGACAUGCGUUUUUCUGGAUUGUUUUGUUGAUAUUCUGUCUCUCACUGUUCAAAUAAACCUACCAUUAAAAUUAUAGACUGAUCAUGUCUUUGUCAGUGGGCAAACGUACAAAAUCCGCAGGGAAUCAAAUACAUUUUUUCCCUCACUGUAUAUGCUAGAUUUAGAGUUAUUUGGCAACUUUAGUUGUGAAUUAUACAAACAUUACAAGAUCUUAGAGAUCCAAACAUACACUGCUCAAAAAAAUAAAGGGAACACUUAAACAACACAUCCUAGAUCUGAAUGAAUGAAAUAAUCUUAUUAAAUACUUUUUUCUUUACAUAGUUGAAUGUGCUGACAACAAAAUCACACAAAAAUUAUCAAUGGAAAUCAAAUUUAUCAACCAAUGGAGGUCUGGAUUUGGAGUCACCCUCAAAAUUAAAGUGGAAAACCACACUACAGGCUGAUCCAACUUUGAUGUAAUGUCCUUAAAACAAGUCAAAAUGAGGCUCAGUAGUGUGUGUGUGUGUGGCCUCCACGUGCCUGUAUGACCUCCCUACAACGCCUGGGCAUGCUCCUGAUGAGGUGUCGGAUGGUCUCCUGAGGGAUCUCCUCCCAGACCUGGACUAAAGCAUCCGCCAACUCCUGGACAGUCUGUGGUGCAACGUGGCGUUGGUGGAUGGAGUGAGACAUGAAGUCCCAGAUGUGCUCAAUUGGAUUCAGGUCUGGGGAACGGGCGGGACAGUCCAUAGCAUCAAUGCCUUCCUCUUGCAGGAACUGCUGACACACUCCAGCCACAUGAGGUCUAGCAUUGUCUUGCAUUAGGAGGAACCCAGGGCCAACCGCACCAGCAUAUGGUCUCACAAGGGGUCUGAGGAUCUCAUCUCGAUACCUAAUGGCAGUCAGGCUACCUCUGGCGAGCACAUGGAGGGCUGUGCGGCCCCCCAAAGAAAUGCCACCCCACACCAUGACUGACCCACCGCCAAACCGGUCAUGCUGGAGGAUGUUGCAGGCAGCAGAACGUUCUCCACGGCGUCUCCAGACUCUGUCACAUCUGUCACAUGUGCUCAGUGUGAACCUGCUUUCAUCUGUGAAGAGCACAGGGCGCCAGUGGUGAAUUUGCCAAUCUUGGUGUUCUCUGGCAAAUGCCAAACGUCCUGCACGGUGUUGGGCUGUAAGCACAACCCCCACCUGUAGACGUCGGGCCCUCACACCACCCUCAUGGAGUCUGUUUCUGACCGUUUGAGCAGACACAUGCACAUUUGUGGCCUGCUGGAGGUCAUUUUGCAGGGCUCUGGCAGUCACUACUCCUCCUGCUCCUCCUUGCACAAAGGCGGAGGUAGCGGUCCUGCUGCUGGGUUGUUGCCCUUCUACGGCCUCCUCCACGUCUCCUGAUGUACUGGCCUGUCUCCUGGUAGCGCCUCCAUGCUCUGGAAACUACGCUGACAGACACAGUAAACCUUCUUGCCACAGCUCGCAUUGAUGUGCCAUCCUGGAUGAGCUGCACUACCUGAGCCACUUGUGUGGGUUGUAGACUCCGUCUCAUGCUACCACUAGAGUGAAAGCACCGCCAGCAUUCAAAAGUGACCAAAACAUCAGCCAGGAAGCAUAGGAACUGAGAAGUGGUCUGUGGUCACCACCUGCAGAACCACUUCUUUAUUGGGGGUGUCUUGCUAAUUGCCUAUAAUUUCCACCUGUUGUCUAUUCCAUUUGCACAACAGCAUGUGAAAUUUAUUGUCAAUCAGUGUUGCUUCCUAAGUGGACAGAUUGAUUUCACAGAAGUGUGAUUGACUUGGAGUUACAUUGUGUUGUUUAAGUGUUCCCUUUAUUUCUUUGAGCAGUGUAUAUACAGUUGAGAGAACAAGUAUUUGAUACUCUGCCGAUUAUGCAGGUUUUCCUACUUACAAAGCAUGUAGAGGUCUGUAAUUUUUAUCAUAGGUACACUUCAACUGUGAGAGACGGAAAUCACAUUGUAUGAUUUUUAAGUAAUUCAUUUGAAUUUUAUUGCAUGAUAUAAGUAUUUGAUACAUCAGAAAAGCAGAACUUAAUAUUUGGUACAGAAACCUUUGUUUGCAAUUACAGAGAUCAUACGUUUCCUGUAUGUCUUGACCAGGUUUGCACACACUGCAGCAGGGAUUUUGGCCCACUCCUCCAUACAGACCUUCUCCAGAUCCUUCAGGUUUCUGGGCUGUCGCUGGGCAAUACGGACUUUCAGCUCCCUCCAAAGAUGUUCUAUUGGGUUCAGGUCUGGAGACUGGCUAGGCCACUCCAGGACCUUGAGAUGCUUCUUACGGAGCCACUCCUUAGUUGCCCUGGCUGUGUGUUUCGGGUCGUUGUCAUGCUUGAAGACCCAGCCACGACCCAUCUUCAAUGCUCUUACUGAGGGAAGGAGGUUGUUGGCCAAGAUCUCGCGAUACAUGGCCCCAUCCAUCCUCCCCUCAAUACGGUGCAGUCGUCCUGUCCCCUUUGCAGAAAAGCAUCCCCAAAGAAUGAUGUUUCCACCUCCAUGCUUCACGGUUGGGAUGGUGUUCUUGGGUUUGUACUCAUCCUUCUUCUUCCUCCAAACACGGCGAGUGGAGUUUAGACCAAAAAGGUCUAUAUUUGUCUCAUCCGACCACAUGACCUUCUCCCAUUCCUCCUCUGGAUCAUCCAGAUGGUCAUUGGCAAACUUCAGACGGGCCUGGACAUGCGCUGGCUUUAAUCCAUGACGGCGUAGUGUGUUACUAAUGGUUUUCUUUGAGACUGUGGUCCCAGCUCUCUUCAGGUCAUUGACCAGGUCCUGCCGUGUAGUUCUGGGCUGAUCCCUCACCUUCCUCAUGAUCAUUGAUGCCCCACGAGGUGAGAUCUUGCAUGGAGUCCCAGACCGAGGGUGAUUGACCGUCAUCUUGAACUUCUUCCAUUUUCUAAUAAUUGCGCCACCAGUUGUUGCCUUCUCACCAAGCUGCUUGCCUAUUGUCCUGUAGCCCAUCCCAGCCUUGUGCAGGUCUACAAUUUUAUCCCUGAUGUCCUUACACAGCUCUCUGGUCUUGGCCAUUGUGGAGAGGUUGGAGUCUGUUUGAGUGUGUGGACAGGUGUCUUUUAUACAGGUAACGAGUUCAAACAGGUGCAGUUAAUACAGGUAAUGAGUGGAGAACAGGAGGGCUUCUUAAAGAAAAACUAACAGGUCUGUGAGAGCUGGAAUUCUUACUGGUUGGUAGGUGAUCAAAUACUUAUGUCAUGCAAUAAAAUGCAAAUUAAUUUCUUAAAAAUCAUAUAAUGUGAUUUUCUAGAUUUUUGUUUUAGAUUCCGUCUCUCACAGUUGAAGUGUACCUAUGAUACAAAUUACAGACCUCUACAUGCUUUGUAAGUAGGAAAACCUGCAAAAUCGGCAGUGUAUCAAAUACUUGUUCUCCCCACUGUGUGUGUGUAUGUAUAUAUGUAUAUAUAUGUAUAUAUAUAUAUAUAUAUAUAUAUAUAUAUAUAUAUAUAUAUUAUAUAUAUAUAUAUAUAUAUAUAUAUAUAUAUAUGUGUAUGUAUAUAUGUAUGUGUAUAUAUAUAUAUAUAUAUAUAUGUGUAUGUAUAUAUGUAUGUGUAUAUAUAUAUAUAUAUAUGUAUAUAUGUGUGUAUAUAUAUAUAUAUAUAUGUAUAUGUAUGUAUGUAUGUGUAUAUACAGGGCAUUCGUUAAGUAUUCAGACCUCUUGACUUUUUCCAUAUUUUGUUACGUUACAGCCUCAUUCUAAAAUGGAUUAAAAAAAUAAAAAUAAAACAUCAAUCUACACACAAUACCCCAUAAUGACAAAAUGAAAACAGGUUUCUAGAAUCUUUUGCACAAUUAAAAAUUUAUAAACGGAAAUACCUUAUUUACAUACGUAUUCAGACCCUUCACUUUGAGCUUAGGUGCAUCCAGUUUCCAUUGAUCAUCCUUGAUGUUUCUACAACUUGAUUGGAGUCCACCUGUGGUAAAUUCAAUUGAUUGGACAUGAUUUGGAAAGGCACACACCUGUCUAUAUAAGGUCUCACAGUUGACAGUGCAUGUCAGAGCAGAAACCCGAGUGGCGCAGUGGUCUAAGGCAUUCAAAGCUGUGCCACUAGAGAUCCUGGUUCGAAUCCAGGCUCUGUCGUAGCCGGCCGUGACCGGGAGACCCAUGGGGCAGCGCACAAUUGGCCCAGCGUCGUCCAGGGUAGGGGAGGGAAUGGCCGGCAGGGAUGUUGGUAGAGCAUGGUGUUUGCAACGCCAGGGUUGUGGGUUUGAUUCCCGCGGGGGGCCAGUAUGAAAAAUAAAUACAAAUAUGUAUGUACUCACUAACUGUAAGUCGCUCUGGAUAAGAGCGUCUGCUAAAUGACUAAAAUGUAAAUGUAAACCAAGCCAUGAGGUCGAAGGAAUUGUCUGUAGAGCUCCGAGACAGGAUUGUGUCGAGACACAGAUCUUGGGAAGGGUACCAAAAUCUUUCUGCAGCAUUGAAGGUCCCCAAGAACACAGUGGCCUCCAUAAUUCUUAAAUGGAAGAAGUUUGGAACCACCAAGACUCUUCCUAGAGCUGGCCGCCCGGCCAAACUGAGCAGUCAGGAGAGAAGGGCCUUGGUCACGGAGGUGUCCAAGAACCCGAUGGUCACUCUGACAGGGCUCCAGAGUUCCUCUGUGGAGAUGGGAGAACCUUCCAGAAGGACAACCAUCUCUGGAGUUUGCCAAAAGUCACCUAAAGGACUCUCAGACCAUGAGAAACAAGAUUCUCUGUUCUGAUGAAACCAAGAUUGAACUGAGCGUUACGUCUGGAGGAACCCUGGCACCAUCCCUACGGAGCAAAGUGCACAGAGAUCCUUAAUGAAAACCUGCUCCAGAGCUCUCAGGACCUCAGACUGGGUUAAAGGUUCACCUUCCAACAGGACAACGACCCUAGGCACAUAGUCAAGACAACGCUGAUAGACAGACUUGAUCUGUGAGACACAUUUGACAGAAGUACCGAAAGAUAAACAAAUUAUAGUACCGAUGUUCUAGUAUUGACAUUUUGGUAUGCCGUGCAACACUAAAAGAGACAGAUCUAGAUUCCAUCCGGAGGUAGUUUGGGAGACAUCUACACCACAUACACCCCUCUGAAUGUUGCAUUGUAAAGACAAUGGCUCUCCCACACCAUGUCCCUUCAAGAAUGACCUUAAUUACCUUCAUACCAGUAGUCAGCAUUUUUGCUCUGGUAGCCAAAGUGAAAAUUAAACGCUUUUGAAAGUAUCCACACAUUUGUGAAUCAUAGCGUUAAUCAAGUGUGCAACAUGAUUUAGAUGAGAAGCUGCUGUAUAGUUUGAAUUCCUAUCCUUAUUUUGUUUGUCUAUACAUAUAAAAAAAAUGUAAAAUAUACUGAACAAAAAUAUAAACGCAACAUGCAACAAUUUAAAAGAUUUUACUGAGUUACAGUUCAUAUGAGGAAAUCAGUCAAAUGAAAUAAAUUAAUUAGGCCCUAAUCUAUGGAUUUCACAUGACUGGGAAUACAGAUAUGCAUCUGUUGGUUACAGAUACCGUAAAACAAAUGGGCCUCACAAUGGGCCUCAGGAUCUCAUCAUGGUCUUUUUUUGCAUUCAAAUUGCCAUCGAUAAAAUGCAAUUGUGAUCAUUGACAUCAGCAAACCGCUCGCCCACAUGAUGCCAUACACAUGUGAGGCCAAUUGGACAUAGUGCCUAAUUCUCUAAAAUGAAAAAUUAACAUUCAAUUCUCUGGCAACAGCUCUGGUGGACAUUCCUACAGUCAGCAUGCCAAUUGCACACUCCCUCAAAACUUGAGACAAUGGCAUUGUGUUGUGUGACAAAACUGCACAUUACACAAGUUUCACCUGUGUAAUGAUCAUGCUUUUUAAUCAGCUUCUUGAUAUACCACACCUGUCAGGUGGAUGGAUUACUCAACGAGCUUUAUAAGGCCAUAAGCAAACAAGAAAAUGCUCAUCCAGAAGUGGCAUUCCUAGUGUCCGGGGACUUUAAUUUCUACCAGCAUGUCACAUGUGCAACGAGGGGAAAAAAACUCUAGACCACCUUUACUCCACACACAGAGAGACGCAUACAAAGCUCUCUCUCGCCCUCCAUUUGGCAAAUCUGACCAUAAUUCUAUCCUCCUGAUUCCGCUUUACAAGCAAAAACUAAAGCAGGAAGUACCAGUGACUCGCUCAAUACGGAAGUGGUCAGAUGACGCGGAUGCUACGCUACAGGACUGUUUUGCUAGCACAGACUGGAAUAUGUCCCGGAAUUCAUCCAAUGACAUUGAGAAGUAUACCACCUCAGUCACCGGCUUCAUCAAAAAGUGCAUAGACGACGUCGUACCUACAGUUACCGUACAUACAUAUCCCAACCAGAAGCCAUGGAUUACAGGCAACAUCCGCUCCGAGCGCUUUCAAGGAGCGGGACACUAAUCCGGACGUUUAUAAGAAAUCCCGCUAUGCCCUCAGACUAACCAUCAAACAGGCAAAGCGUCAAUACAGGACUAAGAUUGAAUCCUACUACACUGGCUCUGACGCUCGUCAGAUAUGGCAGGGCUUUGUUAAGUUGCGUCAAUUCAAAUCUGGUAUUAGGAACAAAAGAGGUCAAUACACGUCUUCUAAAUAGACUAGUAUUUUAAUUAAUGCUAACACUUCAAUGGUAAAUAUGAUGUUCGUAUAUACUGGUCCACUGAAAUACCACGCAGGGCACUCAGAGAACUAAUCCAUUGUUAUGAGUUCUCCUUAAAAUACUCUGACAGAGAUAGUUCCCGCUCCCUGCUGGCCAAUCAGAGUAGAGACUGAGCGUGGUUUAGACUUACUCAGCCAAUCCGUUGGCGCACCGGCUGGUCCCAGUCCCUUGGCGCUCCACUUGUUGCACACUGUUGCCAGGCAUAAGUUUUUAUCAUAACAACCUGUAGAGUCAGCACCCAAAAAACACCAUUCCACUGUACUGUGAGUACCUAUGUUCAAGGACGGUUCACAGACAACGGUUCACAGACAACAAAGAGGCAGUGUUCGUAUCUGUAAGAAAUACAAGUCUUAUCUGUCCUACCCCCUAACGUUCCUUACAUGAAUCACAGCUUGUUAUGUGAAACAAUUUAUAUCAGUAUAGUACAAACCUUCUAUGCUUAUCAUUAAUGCAUUCCUUCUAAGCUAUUCAUCACAUACGGAUCCAAUUAUGAGAAAAUAGAUCCCCACAAUCCCCCUUUAUCCCCACAGCUUGCAAACUAUUACUGCCAUAUCUUUGCUAAGUAAUGGCUAGUUGCUAAAUCAUGCUAAUUGCUAAUAAAACUGUUUUUAGAGCUAUUUCAGGCAUGUUAGCUUUGUUACCCACAGAACAGGAUCAACUGUUGGAAUGUGGCUAAUUCUUAGGAAAUCUAAUACACACAAGAUUCAAAUGAGAGAAAUUCCUAAAUAAAUGUGACAUUAUAGCAGUGACCUAAAAUAGUAUAAACAAUUCGUUUACAUAAUACACCAAUACACAGAAUUAUUGUUAGGUCAGAACUUUAAACGGUUCAUUCAACAUUUGAAACACUAACAUAGGUUUUUCCUUGCCCCUGCUUUGUAAAAGGCUGAGCGAUGGGGUUGAAGAAAUGUAAUUACUCUCAAAUUCAAACGGAGCUAGGGAUGCAAGGACUGACCAUCCAUGAUAUCAAAAUUAUAAUUUUAACCAUGUUUUGAGGCUAUAUAGUGUUUGUUUACAUUUACAGACAUUGGAGUAAAACAAGCUUAUAUUUUGGGCUCUGGUGGGGCACGACAGUUAAACUAAGCUGAUGAAGCAGUUCUAAGUGAUAUUCAAGAAUCAAUGGUUAUAUUAAUUUAUAAGUAAAAAAAAUAAUAUGCAGAAACUGGAGAUUGCCCCUUUUUUAAAAAGCCCAUACUAAAAUAAAUGUGUGCUUCUAACCAGUGCCAUGACAGAUAGAUAGGCCUAUAUUUCACCCAGGUUUAAGAUGGAACGUUUCCGUAGACAUUUAGCUUAAAAUGCUUAUUUUAGUGUCUGUAUGUCCAUUGUUGUGUAUUUGUGUGUUUAUUGGUGUUGUAUGUAUUGGCUACUGAAAACAAAUUUCCCCUUUGGGGUUUGAUAAAGUACUGUACUUAUAUUGUAAGUCAAGGCAUCAUCUUUCAGAGUGUUGACAAUGUAUGUUUUUCUCAGGUUGGGACAAACACUCGUAUGGUUACCACGGAGACGAUGGCCACUCCUUCUGCUCCUCCGGCACGGGGCAGCCCUAUGGCCCCACGUUCACCACGGGUGACGUGAUUGGCUGCUGUGUCAACCUCAUCAACAACACGUGCUUCUACACAAAGAAUGGCCACAGCUUAGGUACGUUCUGUACACCUGCUGUAGAACAUAAAAUAUAAUUUAAUUAAUAGAAAUAGAAUUGUGCAAAUGAAAUGUAGGCCUUUUUUUUCCACAAGGGAACUUAAGCUGUGGAAUUCAGUUGCUAAACUUUUGGGGGAGUUAUUGGGUGAUUUCCUAAAGUGGACGAAAAGGUAUUUUGGGCUAGUUCUUGUGGUGUUUUGGAUCUGGAAAAUUAUCUGGGUGGCGUUUGGGUCCGGAAAGUUAUCCUCAUACCAGAAGUCAAAGGUGUACACUGUAUUGUUUGCAAUACCCAUACGUGACAUAAAUUUACAUGGAGCCGGGACGAUAAACCGAAAAUGAUCAAGACCGACUAUUUAUCGAGGACAUUUUACUGAUAUCAAUAUUCACGAUAAGUAGCCUAUACUACAUAAAUGUGACGUUUGAAAUGAAAUAAGUCUGCUAAUAUGGGCUAUUGCUACCUGUACAAUAAUUGAUAUUUACAACAUUCAAAGUAGUUCUUAGGGUACGAUAAUAUACAAAAGUAGGCUAACCAGUGCACAUUAAUGUUAUAAACGUAUCGUUUUAGUUAUCGUAAUAAUUGUCAAUUUAUCAUGAUAUGGAUUUUUAUCCAUAUCGCCAAGCUCUAGGUUUACACAGCAGUAGUCUAUGCAGGCAAAAGUGAAGAAAACCCUACCCACUCUGAACUAACAUCUAACGUCUUCCCCACCCUUUAACGAGAUACUAUAUUUAAUGUCAAAUUCAACUUCAUGGUUUGAAUCAGGUGUUGGAAUCGAAGUUAUUUUCCAAUCGUUUCGUUUUGAACAUAACCAUUUUUUUUGGGUUCCGUUCCACUAUUCCCGACCAGCAAAAUAAAGUUCUGAACCAGUUGGAACCCCCAAAAAAAUUAGUUUAUAUUGUUCCUUUUUAAGCCUCUGAAAUUUACAUUUUUUACAUUCAAUGACUUCACCAAUCAGUGCGGAUAAAGCAGCUUGCUAUGGAGCGGGCAAGCUAUUUACAUGCAUUGGACAGACAAGUGUAGUGUACAUACGCCUAUGUAACACUUCCGCAUCAGAGCUAGAGCGGUGUUUGUCAGACCAUGAGACAUCGCGAAAAUCAUUCUUCUCACAAAAUUGUCUGUAGUGUCCGAACGGUUUGUCCUACAAACUAUUAUGGCCCCUCUAUGGAAAGAUGAGACUCUCUGUUUUGCUCUACGACCCCAACAAGUGUAUUGGGACUCGUCUGAAGUCGGUAUAGCCGAUCUGCCAACGUCUGUCUGUAGCAUCCGAACAGUUUGGGCUACAAACUAAUAUGACACGUACGUGUCGGUUGUUUUGCUCUAGGACCCCACAGGCCUUACAAGACUCGUCUGUAGGUGUUGGAAAAAAUAAUGGAAGUAUACUGUAUAUGGAGACUGUUUAGUCAAAAGUAAGGGGUUAAAUAACAAAUGUUUCCCGAUCUUUCUUAUCUCUCUCAGAUAUAGGAUAGACACUUCAGAACAAACUUCCUUUAGAUAUUUUUUGGGGGGGCUAUCUGUUGUUACAGUGAAUCUGUUAUUUAAUGGGUUUGUAUGGGCUAAUAGCAGGAAGGCCAAAUAACGUUUUUCAUAAAAUGUUAUCUCCCCCGGCUUAGACUGUUUAGUGCCAAAAAUAAAGGGUUAAAUACAUGGGAAAAAAAGAAAUCUUUCUUAUACACUAUGUAUACAAAUGCAUGUGGACAACCCUUCAAAUUAGUGGAUUUGGCAAUUUCAGCCACACCCGUUGCUGACAGGUGUAUAACAUCGAGCACACAGCCAUGCAAUCUCCAUAGACAAAUGUUAGCAGUAGAAUGGCCUUACUGAAGAGCUCAGUGACUUUCAACGUGGCACCGUCAUAGGAUGUCACCUUUCCAACAAGUCAGUUCAUCAAAUUUCUGCCCUGCUAGAGCUGCCCUGGUCAACUAUAAGUGCUGUUAUUGUGAAGUGGAAACAUCUAGGAGCAACAACAGCUCAGCCGCGAAGUGGUAGGCCACACAAGUUUACAUAACGGGACCGCCGAGUGCUGAAGUGCGUAGCACGUAAAAUCGUCUGUCCUUGGAUGCAGCACUCAUUACUGAGUUCCAAACUGCCUCUGGAAGCAACGCCAGCAUAAGAACUGUUUGUCGGGAACUUCAUGAAAUGGGUUUCCAUGGUCGAGCAGCCACACACAAGCCUAAGAUCACCAUGUGCAAUGCCAAGCGUCGCCUGGAGUGGUGUAAAGCUCGCCCCAUUGGACUCUGGAGCAGUGGAAACGUUCUCUGGAGUGAUGAAUCACGCUUCACCAUCUGGCAGUCCGACGGACAAAUCUGGGUUUGGCGGAUGCCAGGAGAACGCUACCUGCCCGAAUGCAUAGUGCCAACUGUAAAGUUUGGUGGAGGAGGAAUAAUUGUCUGGGGCUGUUUUUCAUGGUUCGGGCUAGGCCCCUUAGUUCCAGUGAAGGGGAAUCUUAACGCUACAGCAUACAAUGACAUUGUAGACGAUUCUGUGCUUCCAACUUUGUGGCAACAGUUUGGGAAGGCCCUUUCUUGUUUCAGCAUGACAAUGCCCCCUUGCACAAAGCGAGGUCCAUACAGAAAUGGUUUGUCGAUAUCGGUGUGGAAGAACUUGACUGAGCCCUGACCUCAGCCCCGUCGAACACCUUUGGGAUGAGUUGGAACGCCAACUGCGAGCCAGGCCUUAUCGCCCAACAUCAGUGCCCGACCUCACUAAUGCUCUAGUGGCUGAAUGGAAGUCCCUGCUGCAAUGUUCCAACAUCUAGUAGAAAGCCUUCCCAGAAGAGUGGAGGCUGUUAUAGCUGCAAAGGGGGGACCAACUCCAUAUUAAUGCCCAUGAUUUUGGAAUGUUCGACAAUUGUUGGACAAACAGUUGUCCACAUACUUUUGGUCAUGUAGUGUAUCUCUCAGAUAUAGGACAGACACUUCAGAACAAAGUUCCUUUAGAUUUUUUGGGGGGACUAUCUGUUGUUCCUUGUAGUGGAUCUGUUAUUCAAUGCAUUUGUAUGGGCUAAUAGCGGUAAGUCCCAAAAUAAAUAGUUUUUCUUUCAAUACAUUUUGUAUAUAGUUUUUUGAUACUUCAAGGGGUCUUAAUUCAAAAUCAAAAUGAUCCCCGGUAUGACCUUGUUAAAACAAUUCCAUAUAUCUUUGUAGUACCUCCCCCCCGGGGUAUCAUUAUGCCUGGUAAAAAAACAAGCACUGCAUUCCACAGUAAGAACCUUAUACCAACGGUCAAGCAUGGUGGUGGUAGUGUGAUGUUUUCGGGAUGCUUAAAUUGCCUCAGGACCUGGACGACUUGUCUUAAUAGAAGGAACCAUGAAUUCUGUUCUGUAUCAGAGAAUUUUACAGGAGAAUGUCAGGCCAUCCUUCUGUGAGCUGAAGCUGAAGCGCAGCUGGGUCAUGCAGCAAGACUAUCCAAAACAAACAAUCAAGUCUACAUGAAAAUUGCUAAAAAGCAACAUCUGAAGAUUUGGAAUGGCCUAGUCGAAGUCCAGACCUAAUCCCAAUUGAGAGGUUGUGGCAGGUUCAUGCUUGAAAACCCACAAAUGUCGCUGAGUUAAAGCAUUUCUGCAUGGAAGAGUGGGCCAAAAUUCCUCCACAGCGACGUGAGAGACUUAUCAACAACUACAGGAAGCAUUUGGUUGCAGUCAUUGGAGCUAAAGGUGGCACAACCAGUUACUGAGUGUAACGGGGAAAUUACUUUUUCACACAGGGGCAUUGGGUGUUGCAUAGCUUUGUUUAUUAAAUAAAUUAAAUAAGUAUGUAAUUGUUGUGUUAUUUGCUCACUCAGGUUCCCUUUUAUCUAGUAUUAGGUUUUGGUUGAAGAUCUGAUAACAUUCAGUAUCAAAAAUAUGCAAAGUAGAGAAAAUUUGAAAGGGGGCAAAUACUUUUCCACAGCACUGUAUAUCACUUUCAUUUAGGUUCUGACUCAGUUUUAGAGGAACAGUCUUUCUUUUCCAGUUUUCGGUUCUGUUCCCUGAACCGUUUCCAACCCCUGGUUUGAAUAGAGUUGAUAUGCUGCAUCAUGCAUGCCUGUACUGAAAAUAAGAUAUUCAGUCUGAGAGAUGCUUUCUUUAUCUUUUCUCCUAUCCUCUAGGAAUAGCCUUUAUAGAUCUACCGGUAAGUAUCCUCCCUCUGCCCAUUUCAUAUUUUUAAAGCUACAUUCUGGGAUUUUAAAACUGCAGCCCUGCCACUUUUGGUACACAACUGACCUGAAGGAUGGGAUAAGGGAAAUGUAAUCCUUCUCACUCAUAGGCCGCACUGUAGAUGCAUGAACUAACAUUCAAUUACAUCUAAGAGAACGUUUUAACCCUAUUUGAAGCUAUACAUUGUUUACAUUAUUUUUGUUCGUAAACAAUAGAGUAAUAAUCUGGUAUUUUGGGUUAUGAUAAAGACAUACAGUUGUGCUAAAUUCAUGAGACAUUUAUACAUUAUAUUAUUCAAGAAUCAAUGAGCAGGGUUCGUACAUGAAAAUCAUGGAAAAGUCAUGGAAUUAAAAAAGUGUUUUUUCUAAGCCUGAAAUUUUCGAAAAAUGAUCAAAUCUGAAAAGUCAUGGAAAUUAAUUUCAUAAUUUAUGUUAAUGCAUUUAUCUAGGCACAGUUUUUAAAUAUCUUUUAAAUAAAAUAAAAAUCUACAUAUCUGCCACGAUCGGAAUGGCACUUUAGCGUUUCUGUGUUUGAACAUCACCUGCCGUAGUGGUGCACGACUCCAAGAUUCUGAGUCAACUCCAACUCCUGUGGUUGGAGUCGAAGGAGUUUACUUUUACUUGACUUCCAAAACACUCUGAAAUGGAUGCGCACAACUUACGCAGCAGAGUCCUGCUAGGAAGACUACAUUUACGUUCUAGAGGACUGACAUGAGCAUUUGCUCAUCAACUUAGCCUAUACAGUGCAUUCAGAAAUUAUUCAGAGCACUUCACUUUUUUCACAUUUUGGUAUGUUACAGCCUAAUUCUAAAAUGUAUUAAAUUGUUUUUUAUUCCUCAUCAAUCUACACACAAUACCCCAUAAUGACAAAGCAAAACAGGUUUUUAGAAAUCUUUGCAAAUGUCUUUACAAAUAAAAAACAGAAAUACCUUAUUAAUGUAAGUAUUCAGACCCUUUGCUAUGAGACUCGAAAUUGAGCUCAGAUGCAUCCUGUUUCCAUUGAUCAUCCUUGAGGUGUUACUACAACUUGAUUGGAGUCCAACUGUGGUAAAUUCAAUUUAUUGGACAUGAUUUGGAAAGGCACACACCUGUCUAUAUAAGGUCCCACAGUUGACAGUGCAUGUCAGAGCAAAAAACAAGCCAUGAGGUUGAAGGAAUUGUCCGUAGAGCUCCGAGACAGGAUUGUGUCAAGGCACAGAUCUGGGGAAGGGUACCAAAAAAUGUCUGCAGCAUUGAAGGUCCCCAAGAACACAGUGGCCUCCAUCAUUCUUAAAUGGAAGAUGUUUGGAACCACCAACACUCUUCCUAGAGCUGGCCGCCCGGCCAAACUGAGCAAUCGGGGGAGAAGGGUGUUGGUCAGGGAGGUGACCAAGAACCCGAUGGUCACUCUGACAGAGCUCUAGAAUUCCUCUGUGGAGAUGGGAGAACCUUCCAGAAGGACAACCAUCUCUGCAGCACUCCACCAAUCAGGCCUUUAUGGUAGGGUGGCCAGACGGAAGCCACUCCUCAGGAAAAGGCACAUGAUAGCCGGCUUGGAGUUUGCCGAAAGGCACCUAAAGACUCUCAGACCAUGAGAAACAAGAUAGUCUGGUCUGAUGAAACCAAGAUUGAACUCUUUGGCCUGAAUGCCAAGCGUCACGUCUGGAGGAAACCUGGCACCAUCCCUACGGUGAAGAAUGGUGGUGGCAGCAUCAUGCUGUGGGGUUGUUUUUCAGCGGCAGGGACUGGGAGACUACUCUGGAUCGAGGCAAAGAUGAACGGAGCAAAGUACAGAGAGAUCAUUGAUGAAAUCCUGCUCCAGAGCGCUGACGACCUCAGACUGGGGUGAAGGUUCACUUUCCAACAGGACAAGGACCCUAAGCGCAAAGCCAAGACAAUGCAGGAGUGGCUUCGGGACAAGUCCUUGAGUGGCCCAGCCAGAAGACUGGGAGAAACUCCCCGAAAACAGGUGUGCCAAGCUUGUAGCGUCAUACCCAAGAAGACUCAAGGCUGUAAUCGCUGCCAAAGGUGCUUCAACAAAGUACUGAGUAAAGGGUCUGAAUACUUAUGUAAAUGUGAUAUUUCAGUUUAAAAAAUAUAUAUAAAUUAGUAAACUUCUCUAAAAACCUGUUUUUUCUUUAGUAUUAUGGGGUAUUGUGUGGAGAUUGAUGAGGGGGGAAAAAACAAUUUAAUCAAUUUUAGAGUAAGGCUGUAACAUAACAAAAUGUGGAAAUAUUCAAGGGGUCUGAAUUCUUUCCGAAGGCACUGUACAUUAUUCAUAAUUAAGUAAUCAUUAACUUUUGGUUCAUGCCUGUGACCGACCAAUACUUCACGAGGCGGCUUCUCUCCAAUCUGAGACCUUGAAACUGAGAUAUCCCUUUCCGUUCUCAAAACAAUGUUCUGGGCGUACUGUCAAAUUGUUUAUACUGAUAGUGAGGAUUCCUCCCAGGCACAAUCAAUCAGUCACUUGCAUGAACCCAGUCGAAUUGGUUAUUAGAAAAGCACAAACAAAAGAUUUUCCUUCACACAUCCCUUUUGUGUUCCCCCCCACUAGCUCAACAUGUACCCCACAGUGGGGCUGCAGACCCCUGGGGAGGUUGUGGACUCCAACUUUGGCCAGCACCCGUUUGUGUUUGACAUCGAUGACUACAUGCGCGAGUGGAGGACCAAGAUCCAGGCCCAGAUCGACAGAUUCCCGAUAGGGGACAGGGAGGGAGAGUGGCAGUCCAUGAUCCAGAAGUAAGUCCCUUCCCUUGUAGCUGUACACACCAAGGGAAACAGGAAACUACAUUUCCCACCGGCUUCUGAUGUAACUGGAUUGACUUGUAUUAUUCCUGCUUUCAAAUGCUCCUUGAAAUCUCAUAUUUCCCAGUUGUGAAGGUGUAAAUACGACGUGAUUGUGUUAAAGUGAUUUUGAAGUUAGAAUAAUUAUUUUUCUAACAUAGCUAACUUUAUUUUUAUUAGCAAUCUUACGUACAUUGACAAAUGGCUUUGUUAAAAAACGGAAAGGUCACUGAUGAAAUGUAUCUCCACUUGUAAUUCGGAAAAUGGAGGGUUGUUCAAGUGUUUAUUUUCGAGUCUGAACCUCGUAUUUCCAAAUUCCCAACAUAAUUUGAAGGCAGCAAAUCAUAUUAUUUAUAUUCUCUCUAAGCUGUUAUGUUUCUCCCACCUCUUUGUCUCCACAGAAUGGUGGCAUCCUACCUGGUCCACCAUAGUUACUGUGUCACAGCCAAAGCCUUUGCCAAAUCCACCAACCAGGCUGUGCACGAGGAGCUGAUCUCCAUCAAAAACAGACAGAGUGUGUUGUGUGUAUGUGCGUGCGUGAAAGAUGGGCUUGGGGUAUGUGUCCUGUCAUUGACUUAUGUACAGUUGAAGUCUGAAGUUUACAUACACUUAGGUUGUAGUCAUUAAAACUUGUUUUUCAACCACACCACAAAUUUCUUGUUAACAAACUAUAGUUUUGGCAAGUCAGUUAGGACAUCUUCUUUGUGCAUGACACAAGUACUAUUUCCAACAAUUGUUUACAGACAGAUUAUUUCACUUAUAAUUCACUGUAUCACAAUUCCAGUGGGUCAGAAGUUUACAUACACUAAGUUGACUGUGCCUUUAAACAGCUUGGAAAAUUCCAGAAAAUGAUGUAAUGGCUUUAGAAAUUUCUAAAAGGCUAAUUACAUUUUACAUUUACGUCAUUUAGCAGACACUUUUAUCCAGAGCGACUUACAGUUAGUGAGUAUAUACAUUAUUUUAUAUAUAUAUAUAUAUUUUCAUACUGGCCCCCCAUGGGAAUCGAACCCACAACCCUGGCGUUGCAAACGCCAUGCUCUACCAACUGAGCUACAUCCCUGCCGGCCAUUCCCUCCCCUACCCUGGACGACUUGUGCGCCGCCCCAUGGGUCUCCCGGUCGCGGCCGGCUAUGACAGUGCCUGGAUUCGAACCAGGAUCUCUAGUGGCACAGCUAGCACUGCGAUGCAGUGCCUUAGACCACUGCGCCACUCGGGAGACAUUGAGUCAAUUGGAGGUGUACCUUUGGAUGUAUUUCAAGGCCUACCUUCAAACUCAGUGCCUCUUUGCUUGACAUCAUGGGAAAAUCAAAAGAAAUCAGCCAAGACCUCAGAAUUUUUUUUUAGACCUCCACAAGUCUGGUUCAUCCUUGGGAGCAAUUUCCAAACGCCUGAAGGUACCACGUUCAUCUGUACAAACAAUCAUACGCAAGUAUAAACAGCAUGGGACCACGCAGUCGUCAUACCGCUCAGGAAGGAGAUGCGUUCUGUCUCCUAGAGAUGAACGUACUUUGGUGCGAAAAGUGCAAAUCAAUCCCAGAACAACAGCAAAGGACCUUGUGAAGAUGCUAGAGGAAACAGGUACAAAAGUAUCUAUAUCCACAGUAAAACGAGUCCUAUAUCGACAUUACCUGAAAGGCCGCUCAGCAAGGAAGAAGCCACUACUCCAAAACCGCCAUAAAAAAGCCAGAGUACGGUUUGCAACUGCACAUGGGGACAAAGAUCGUACUUUUUGGAGAAAUGUCCUCUGGUUUGACGAAACAAAAAUAGAACUGUUUGGCCAUAAUGUUAUGUUAUCGUUAUGUUUGGAGGAAAAGGGGGGAUGCUUGCAACCCGAAGAACACCAUCCCAACCGUGAAGCACGGGGGUGGCAGCAUCAUGCUGUGGGGGGUGCUUUGCUGCAGGAGGGACUAGUGCACUUCACAAAAUAGAUGGCAUCAUGAAGAAGGAAAAUCAUGUGGAUAUAUUGAAGCAACAUCUCAAGACAUCAGUCAGGAAGUUAAAGCUUGGUCGCAAAUUGGUCUUCCAAAUGGACAAUGACCCCAAGCAUACUUCCAAAGUUGUGGCAAAAUGGCUUAAGGACAACAAAGUCAAGGUAUUGGAGUGGCCAUCACAAAGCCCUGACCUCAAUCCUAUAGAAAAGUUGUGGGCAGAACUGAAAAAGCGUGUGCGAGCAAGGAGGCCUACAAACCUGACUCAGUUACACCAGCUCUGUCAGGUUGAAUGGGCCAAAAUUCACCCAACUUAUUGUGGGAAGCUUGUGGAAGGCUACCCAAAACGUUUGACCCAAGUUAAACAAUUUAAAGGCAAUGCUACCAAAUACUAAUUUGAGUGUAUGUAAACGUCUGACCCACUGGGAAUGUGAUGAAAUAAAUAAAAGCUGAAAUAAAUCAUUCUCUCUACUAUUAUUCUGACAUUUCACAUUCUUAAAAUAAAGUGGUGAUCCUAACUGACCUAAAACAGGGAAUUUUAAUUAGGAUUAAAUGUCAGGAAUUGUGAAAAACUGAGUUUAAAUGUAUUUGGCUAAGGUGUAUGUAAACUUCCGACUUCAACGGUAUCUGCUUUGUUGAGUAUAUUAUUAGUAUUUUAUGCUACAUUCACAUAUUACAGUAUGACAGGACUAGAUGGAUAGUUGUUGGUAUAGGUGGAGCCAUCACCAUAUUGCUAAGAGACACACCAAAAUGGAAUGGGCAUAAGAUAAAUGAUUGUCCAUAACACUUGUUCACAUUUUGAUGAUCUCGGACCCUUGGAGAAGAAUGUGAAAUGCCAUAACACUCAAUAAGAAGUUUCCUAACAAUAUGUGAAUGACUGUAAAUGGGAUGUGCUUGCAGAGAUCCAGAAGCUGGUGUUGUCAGGCAGAAUGGGAGAGGCCAUCAAGAACACCCAACAGCUGUACCCCAGCCUAUUGGAAAGGAACCCUGACCUGUUAUUCAUGCUGAAGUGAGUCACGGUCAGGGAUAGGCAGUUUCGCCACAUUUAAGGGGAAGUUCAGGAUUUUACAACUUGGUGUUAGAUGGUUCUUCAAGCUGAAAGUCGUUAUAGAUCCCUGAACCCCCUCAUCUCUCAGGGUGAGACAGUUCAUCGAGAUGGUGAACGGGACUGACAGCGAAGUGCGCUGCCUGGGAGGCUGCAAUCCCAAGUCCCAGGACAGCUACCCGGGCCCGCCCCCCCCCUUCAGCAGCCACAGCCACAAAGCCAGCAGCUCCCAGGCCUACCUCACAGGUACAUGAUACAGUGCAUUUGGAAAGUAUUCAGACCCUUUUCCUCCCACAUUUUGUUAUGUUAUAGCCUUAUUCUAAAAUUGAUUAAAUAAAUAAAAAUCCUCAUCAAUCUACACACAAUACCCCAGUUUUUAGAAUAUUUUGCUAAUUUAUAAAAAAUUAAAACAGAAAUACAUUAUUUACAUAAGUAUUCAGACCCUUUGCUAUGAGACUUGAAAUUAAGCUCAGGUGCAUCAUGUUUCCAUUGAUCAUCCUUGAGAUGUUUCUACAACUUGAUUGGAGUCCACCUGUGGUAAAUUCAAUUGAUUGGACAUGAUUUGGAAAGGCACACACCUGUCUAUAUAAGGUCCCACAAUUGACAGUGCAUAUCAAAAACCAAGCCAUGAGGUUGAAGGAAUUGUCCAUAGAGCUCAGAGACAAGUUUGUGUCAAGGCACAGAUCUGGGGAAGGGUACCAAAAAAUGUCUGCAGCAUUGAAGGUCCCCAAGAACAAAGUGUCCUCCAUCAUUCUUAAAUGGAAGAUGUUUGGAACCACCAAGACUCUUCCUAGAGCUGGCCGCCCGGCCAAACUGAGCAAUUGGGGGAAGAAGGGCUGUAAUCGAGGCUGUAAUCGCUGCCAAAGGUGCUUCAACAAAGUACUGAGUAAAGGGUCUGAACACUUAUGUAAAUGUGAUAUUUCCGUUUUUUUUUUUUCUUUUCAUAAAUGUGCAAACAUUUCUAAAAACCUGUUUUUGCUUUGUCAUAAUUGAGGAGUAAAAAUUCAAUUUAAUCAAUUUUAGAAUAAGGCUGUAAUGUAACAAAAUAUGGAAAAGGUCAAGGGGUCUUAAUACUUCCGAAUGCACUGUAUAUUCACUCAUCUUGGUUGUGUUCAUUAGGCACUAAACACUAAACAGACCCAAACAGGUAUGUACUGUUCAUUAAACAGUAAACAGGGAUGUGCUGUUUAUUAGGCUAAACAGGCCAAAAUGGGGAUGUACUAUCUGAAAUGGUCCAAUUGUUUAUGUUUUCCGUUGCACCACGUUUUGCUACAGUUUUGCUCCCUUAUGAAUAUUACUCUGGGGCGUGUUCAUUAGGUACCAAAUGGAAGAAAACUGACUGAAACAGGGAGGGACUAACUGCACGUGUCCAAUAAGAAAUUGUUAUUUUGGUUUUUUAUUGCAAAAUGUUUUAAAAUGUUCUCCAUUGCAUGCCCUAAUGAACAUGACCCAGACCUGGAUCAAAUACAUUUAGUCAAAUACUUGAGGUGUGCUUGAUUUAGCUUGCCAUUCUCCUUGUUUGUGUCUAGUAUGGUCUUUUCACGACUGUAUGCAUGUCCUGGUUGCACCCCAGGGUUCGACGGCGGCUGCUGCAAUGGGGUGACCUCCAGUAUGGUCCACCCCGCCCUCCCCGCAACCGAGGUCAACGCCCUCAAUGGCAGCCACAGCCUGCAGCAGCUUAACACCAGGUACUGAACAUGCACAAGACUAUAAUGUACUGAACACGCACAUAAGACUAUGUACUGAACAAACUAACCAACAUCAGGUACUGACAGGGCUCUAUUUAUUAAUUUUUUUACUGGUGCACCCAACUUUAAGUUAGGAGCACCACAUGAAAUUCAGGAGCACCAGAUUGUGAAGCACCAGUUUAUAUGCAGGCUGUCCGCGGGUCCUUAAAAAGUCUUAGAUUUUCAAGAUGCUAGAGAGCUCGACAUGUAGCCUACGACUCUGUGUGUGUGUGUGUGCCACUGCAAGUCGGCCUUUGCCAGAUGAGAGCACAGCGAGUAAGGUAGGCUACAAAAUAGAUAGCCAAUUCGAAACAUUGCUUGUAGCUUGGCUAGUUAGCUCACUUCGUUACCUAGCUAGUUAACUAUUUAGCUAUUAAAUCAUUUGGUCAAACAGUAAAGUGCAUUCUCUUCAGUGGCGACCCAUCAUUCAGAGCAGGUGGGGCAGGGCCUGAAUGCUAAGCGUCAUGUCUGGAGGAAACCUGGUACCAUCACUACGGUGAAGCAUGGUGGUGGCAGCAUCAUGCUGUGGGGAUGUUUUUCAGUGGCAGAUACUGGGAGUCUAGUCAGGAUCAAGGGAAAGUACAGAGAGAUCCUUGAUGAAAACCUGCUCCAGAGCGCUCAGGACCUCAGACUGGGGCGAAGGUUCACCUUCCAACAGGACAACGACCCUAAGCACACAGCCAAGACAACGCAGGAGUGGCUUCGGCACAAGUCUCUGAAUGUCCUUGAGUUCACUUGAGCUCAUUUUCGAGUCAUUGCAAAGGGUCUGAAUGCUUAUGUAAAGAAGGUAUUUGGGUUUUUGAUUUUUAAUACAUUUUCAAAAAAUUCUAAAACCUGUUUAAGCUUUGUCAUUAUGGGAUAUGUAUUGUGUAUAGAUUGAAAAACAAUUAAAUCCAUUUUAGAAUAAGGAUGUAAUGUAACAAAAUGUGGAAAAAGUCCAGGGGUCUGAAUACUUUCCGAAUGCACUGUAUAGCCAAUACUAAGUAGCUUGUAAACACCUCAACAUGCAUCCAACACUAGAUAAAAAAUUUUUUUAAACAUACAAUAUAUACCCAACACUAUGCAGUCUUGCACAGCCUGCUUAACAUCUACCCCCAACACAAUAUAUUGACAAUGUAUCACAUAACCAACAACUGAUCUACAAAUCACCUUACAUGCCAAAUAACUACUCAUUAUGUUAUUAAGAUUAGAAAUUCUAUCACUGUGCCUUGCUUUUCUCAAACUGAUCCCCUCAAACACGCUGAUUGUCUGCCUACUGUUUUACCCCCCAGUACUGAUGUGGACAUGAAGGUAGACCACUUCACCAACGGAGUGACUGAGUCCUCCUCUAAUGGCUUCCUCCUCAAUGCCACCUCCAAACACGGAGCCCAGACCGAGGACUGUGACGCAGACAUGGGUGAGUGACAGGCCAUGACAUCCACAUGAGUUGAAACAAUUUUGCAGCUAUUCAUUGUUUACAUUCUUGUUGUUGGUAAACGAUAAAGUAAUAAAACCUUAUUUUUGGGGUUAUGAUAAGACAGUUGUGCUAAACUCAUGAGGCAUUUAUAACUUCUAUUAUUCAAGAAUCAGUGGGAAAAUAGCAACAAUUGAAAUGAUCAUUUAACAGAUUGCACCUUUUUAAAAUAUUCCCAUCGAAUAUCAUGAAAUAUCAUUUGUCACAGAAAAAAGAGGGGGUCUACAACUGACAUGAUUGACAAUCAUGUCUGCCUCUUUCAAAACCACCCCUCUGAGUGGCUGAAUGGUAUGUCCCAAUGUGACGCGCAUGUUUGAUUGGUUCUGUGCCAACAGAGUUGGAAUCGGCCCAGUCCAAGAGGCAGCUGUGCGGGGGAAGCCAGGCGGCCAUCGAGAGGAUGAUCCACUUUGGCCGGGAGCUUCAGAGCAUGAGUGAGCACAAACGCCGCGAGUGCGGCAAGAACUCGGCCAACAAGAAGAUGCUCAAGGUACUCUCCAUCUAGCAAUAAUGUUCAAACGACUUCAGAUAUAUAGCCCUAUGUAAUACCUAUAAAGCCUUGGGGAUGUCAAUUAUUUUGUUGGGAAUGUUUGCGUUUAUUUCACAUUACCAUUACUAUGGGUGUGACGUUUCAAUGUUUAAACAUAAUUGGGAUCGUUAACAUUGACAUUUGUAUUUUUUUAAUCACAGUGCAGUUAUUACAAAACUACCACUAACGGGUCCCGAUCAUCAUCAUAAAGAAACAAAUUAUUGUAAUACCUACAACCCCUAACGCAACAAUGCUGUAACGUUAGGAGGAGAUAUGCAUCUUUCAAAUUAUUUGCCACGGAUAUAAUCUUUAACAGUUGGAAAUAUCAAAUCAAAUCAAAAAUAUGGCAGAGUGAGACAGAGAAGCGACAGCAGCGAAGUCCUGUAUGGCAAUACUUUGAGAAGUUAAAUGAGAAGGUGGUGAAAUGCAAAGUUUGCGAGGUAGAAUUGAGCUACAGUGGCAGUACAGGUGCAAUGCUGAAAGGGAGGCACAGUGAGACCCUGUAUGUGCGGUAGCUAAUGGGGAUCCUACUAAACGAAACCACCACUGCUAAUAUAACCACGGAUCAGUUACGUCAACUUUAAACGUAUUGUAUAAUUUGAGGUUACUGCACCCCUCUCUCUUUUUGCUGCACUGUCUUCUUCCCAUCACUCGUUCUUCUUGGCUGUCUUUUCACUUUCUCUCUUUUCCCUGUCUAUCUAUUUCUACUUCCCAAUCUCUUUCUUUCUUUCUUUCUUCCUCUCCCUCUGUAGGAUGCAUUCAGUCUGCUGGCCUACUCAGACCCGUGGACUAGCCCAGUGGGCUACCAGCUGGACUCUAUCCAGAGGGAACCUGUGUGUUCCACACUCAACAGUGCAAUACUAGGUAGGUACACCACGACUGGUGAGGGAAUACCGCAUACAGUUGCGGACAAAUAUAUAUUGGCACCCUUGCACUUUUCUUAAAUAAUUCCUUAUUUGUUCUAAAAUAAGUUGAGGGAAAAAAAGUGUUUACAGACGUGUUUAAUACAUUUAUGUAUUAGAUACACUGUAUUAGAAUAUUUAUGAAAUGCACAUUGUUAUAUUUGGUAGCACUUGGAGUGGAACGAAUGUGGGUGCGACUAUGUCUAUAUAAGGGUGCUAAUUUAAAAAACUCACAAAAGCUCUGACGAAGGCCUUGAGGCCGAUACGUAAAGCUUAUUAAAGAGCAGUGAUACUGUCAAGAGUUUCUUCUUCUUUUUUUCACAUCUUAUUCAACUGUUACCAUGCACCUGCAAAAAAGAUAGCUCAGAGGUGCGAGUGCCUUUUGAAUUCUAAAAUAAGUUGAAAGAAAAAAAGAAAGAAAUUGGUCUCCACACCCUGUUAUUGGAUUUUCAACAUUGCAGAACCAACGACCAAAUGAAGCAUUCAAAGAAAAGAACACGGGGGAGGUUUGAUAAUGCUGUGGGGUUGCUUUGCUGCCUCUUGUACUGGAGACAUCAAGAAAUCAGCAGAUUAUCAAGGUGUGGGACUUCCAAUAGGAUUAACAACCCCGAACACACAUCAAAAGCACCCUGGAAUGGUUAAAAAAGAAACGCUGGACUGUUCUGGAGUGGCCAGCGAAGAGUCCAGAUCUGAAUCACAUCCAUAUAACCUAUGACGAUAUCUGAAAAUAGCAGUUGGCUGAGGGCACCCCUCAAACAUUGAAGAAUUAGAACCGUUUGCUGCUGUAGAGUGGGCCAAAUUGCCAGUAGAAGGGGGAAGCAAGUUCAUUGAUGGCUACAAGAAGUGUUUGUCAGCAGUUAUCUUGGCCAAAGGCAGUGCAGCGAAGUACUUGCUCCGGGGUGCCAAUCAUUUUGUUUUACAAAAUAAAAAUUGUAAACUAAAGUUUACAAAACAAAAAUUGGUUCUGCAAUGUUGAAAAUCCAAUAACAAGGUGUGGAGACCAAACUUUAUUUUCAAUUUCUACUUAUUUUACAAGAAAAUAGGGAAUUAUUGAAAAGUGCAAGAGCGUCAAUAUAUUUGGCCGCAACUGUACAUAUAUUCACUUCAAAGCCUAUCAGCCAAUUCCUAGGUCAAUUCCCAGUCCAGCAGUCUAUUGUUAUACCAUACUAGAACAUCUCCAUUGAACAUGCUUUUUAGUCUAGAACUUGGCUUAAUCUGUGUCCGGGAAACCGGCCCUGUAAAUUUAACAUUUUGAUUAGACUAAUGCUGGUUCUGUAUAAAUAAUGCUCAUUUUGUGUAUAUUUACGUGACAUGGACCGAAGUUAUUUACCCAUGUGGUCAUAAAUGGAAAGAAUGGCAGUAUCACCUCAUUCCAAUUUUUUUAAAUUACUCUUUUAGCAGUGUCCUUAGCUACUAUUUUGUGGAUAAUUGGUGUUAUGCAUUGCCUAUGUAUGUGCUAUGUAGCACUCCUCUCCUAGGGACUUCCCAUUGCAAAAAAAGACAGUGUCCUUGGCUACUAGGCCUAUGUUAUGGAUAUGAAGUGUAAUGUCUUGCCUAUUGAUGUUAGACAUUUAUGGAUCUAGGAAAGUAUGUAGUUUGUGUUGAAUCAAAUAAUAUUUUUUUUGUAGAUGUAAUACAAUGUGCACACAAAGGCCCUUAUGUAGCUCUUCCCCUUUAGAUGAAUAGCCUAAUUCUUUGGCUACUAUGUAGUGGAUAUGAAGGUGUUAUGCAUUGCCUAUGGAUUUGUUAUGUAUCCCUUACAUAGCUGUCCUCUCUCUCUCUCCUCCCCCCCAUCAGAGACUCAUAACCUGCCAAAGCAGCCCCCUCUGGCCAAGGCUGUGGGACAGGCCACUCAGUGCCUGUCCAUCAUGGCACACUCCGGAAGUGGCUCCUGCGCUUUCGCUGCUGUGGACGAUUACCUGCACUAGCCACACAGACAUACACAGGUCCCCCACCUCCACCCUGACACAAACUCAAUCUGGAUCCCUCCACUCCCCUGACUAGCCUGCAUUCAGAUUCUCCAACCUACCCAUGGUGUGCACUCAUUCACUCCACCUAAUGCAUUUAAAAGCAUUGGAUUAGUGUAUGCCUGGAGGGAAGUGUACGAAUGCACACUUUGGGAAAGGGUGGAGAAUCGGCAUGGUGCAGUCACACAAGCGUGCCCACAUUAUUUUGGUUGAUAGGGGGAGGAGGGAAAUGGCAAAGACUAUUAAAUUAUCCACCCUGAUCUGUGUGACCAUGGCAAACUGUGCAGGCAGCCUAGUCUCAUAGACUAGACGUAACAUAGUAAAGUAAAUCCGGAACACUCAAAUUAA